AUGGUACAAGAAAAUGAUACCCACAUCCAUGAGUUCAUCCUCCUGGGAUUCCCUACCAGCACAGAGCUCCAGGCUCUGCUGUUUGUAAUUUUCCUUGCUAUGUAUUUGCUGACUGUCACCGAGAACAUGGUUAUCAUCACUUUGGUCAUAACCAAUCCCCAGCUCCACAAGCCCAUGUACUUUUUCCUGGGCCACCUGGCUUUCCUAGAGGCCUGCUACAUUUCAGUCACCGUUCCCAAGCUGCUGGUCACCUUCGUGGUGAAGAACAAGAACAUCUCCUUCACCAGCUGCUUUGCCCAGCUGUACUUUUUCAUCGCCCUGGUGUGCACGGAGUGUGUCCUGCUGGCCGCCAUGGCCUACGACCGCUACGUGGCCAUCUGCACCCCGCUGCACUACACGCUCACCAUGGGCCGCAGGGCCUGCCUGCAGCUGGCCGCGGGCUCCUGGCUGCUUGGCUUUCUCAUAGCUGUGCUCAAGGUCUUCUUCAUUUCCCAGCUCUCCUUCUGCGGCCCCGGGGUCAUCAACCACUUCUUCUGUGACAUCAGCCCGCUGCUCAACCUCUCGUGCGCCCAGCGGCGAUUUGCUGAGAUGGUGGAUUUCAUCUCGGCCUUGUUUACUUUGUUGAUCCCUCUCUCUGUCAUCAUAAUUUCUUACACCUGCAUAAUCAGAACUAUUUUGCUCAUUCCCAAGGCCCAGAGCAGGAAGAAAGCCUUUUCCACCUGUGCUUCUCACCUGGCUGUGGUCAUAGUUUUCUUCUCAGCCACGCUCUUCAUGUACGCUCGGCCCAGGAGUAUAAACUCCAGGGAUCUCAACAAGCUGGUUUCCAUAAUUUACACCAUAGUCACUCCAAUGCUAAACCCAUGCAUUUACUGCCUCAGGAACCAGGAAGUAAAGGACACUUUAUUGAAGGUCUUCUGUAGCAGGGCUGCUCCCUCCAAAGUUUCUGCAUCUGACCCCUAA